AUGGGACUAAUGGUAGGCCAAGUCGAUGGUUAUGCCAAUGUCGGGUUCACAAAGAAGGACCUAGAUAAUCACUUUCAAAGAACUCGUCGUGCAAAGUUCAUUGGUGGGGAUUCUAAUGCAACGAUUAGCUAUCUACUUGGGAAAGCAGAUGUCGACUCGAUGGCCAUGGCAAGGUACAGUUCUACUGAUGAAGGUCGGCUGGCAAAUUUAUUUUGGGCAGAUGGCAUUUGUAGGUCCGAUUAUCAGUGCUUUGGAGAUGUGCUUACAUUCGAUACAACCUACCGGAAGAAUAAGUACAGAAGGCCGUUGGUAAUCUUCUCAGAAGUCAUGCUGAAUAAGUCUCCCAGUGUUGUGGUCACAGACGGAGACGAAGCAAUAAAGGCAGUAAUUCGAGAAAUCUUCCCAGAUGCAACUCACCGAUUAUGUGGUUGGCACAUUCAGAAGAAUGUAACGGCAAACAUAAAAAACAAAAAUUUUUUCAAUGACUUCAGAAGAUGUUUGUAUGCUCCAUGGCAUCCGGAUGAAUUUGAAGAAUAUUGGGAGAAUAUGAUAAAAAAAUAUGGGUUGGAGGAAAAUGAAUGGGUUCUAAAUGAAUAUGAGAAGAGAAAAAGUUGGGCAAGCGCUUACUUGAGGAAUAAAUUCUGUGCUGGAUUUAGAACAACAUCAAGGUGUGAAGCGAUAAACAACUUCAUCAAGAGGUUUAUUGGCAUUCGUCAAAGUCUUCUAGAGUUGGUCCAAAAUCUUGAACAUGCUCUCAGGGACUAUAGAAACAAUGAAUUAGUUUCUCAAUUUAAGACGCUGUAUGGGGAGCCCGUUCUAACUACUGGGCUAGAAGCAUUAGAGCUUUCUGCUGCCAAUUUUUGCACAAGGGAGAUUCUUGGAGAAGUAAAAAAGGAGAUUCAAGGAGUAGUCGCAUUAGAUGUAAUAAACGAGGAAAACAUAUCAACCACUGUUGUGUUAAAAGUUAAGGAGUUCGGUGGAGAAGUGAAGGCAUUCCUUGCAGCCACGUUUUGUGCAAUGAAAAGGUUAGGUUUACAGAAGUUGCCAGAUAGUCUUCUUUUGAGAAGAUGGUCGAAGGAUGCCAAGAAGUAUCUGGAUGAAAGUUCUGCUGGAGACACUACGCAAGACAGAGAAAGAGAAUUUUUAAUGCGCUAUGGCGCAUUGUCAGUGGCAGCUAUGUGGAUGGUUGUUAUUUAA